AUGGCUAAGGAGGCCAAUUUAGCUUGGGGAUAUGUCGCGUUGAGGGUUGCACACAGUAUUGUGCAAGCGAGCUCUAACCCCAUCAUGGUGAGGUUCGGCUUGUUUGCUGCUAGCGAGAUUACCAUGCUGGGGUUGCUGCUCAAGGGUUUCAGUGCAAUCUAUGCCGCCAAGGGUGUUGGAAGCUUGAUUUGA